AUGGGGAGAAAGGGGAGGUGGUUUGAUGCCGUGCAAAGGAUCUUGACCACGUCGGAACCUGAUCGUGACGAGAAGGAAAGCAAGCGACAAUGUUUUCGACCCAAGAAGGCUGAGAGACCGGCGAACAAAUCAAACUUCAGGAAGAUAUGGCAGUUCAGCAAGUCCAGCCCAUCCAACCCUUCCUCCUCUGCGGCGCCGGAGACUGCUCUGCCGCCAUCACAGCCUGAUCAUCAGCAGGAGGCCGAGGAGAUCAGAGAGGCUGAAUCCGCGGGAACGACGAGCGAACAAAUUAGCGAUGGCAGGUACCUGGUGGCGGAGCCGGCCUCCGCGACCGCCACCGCCGUCGCCGCACAGGCGACCGAGGCAGUUGCCAGCGUGGUGGCCGUCACGCCGAGAGCACCGGUGAGUUCAAAGGAGGAGCUCGCCAUCGUCAGGAUUCAGACGGCUUGCAGGGGCUAUUUGGCAAGGAGAGGGCACCAGGCGAGAGGACAGGCUCGGCUGAUGGAGCUGAUGGAGGGGAUCACCGUCAGGCGCCAGACCGAGGAGGCACUGUACUGCAUGCAGACGAUGACGAGAGUCCAGACACAGAUAAACUCCAGGAGGGCCAAGACGGAGGAGGGCAAGAAGGCUCUCAAGAGCCAGAUCCAGCAGAAGCAGAGUCUUGACAAAGCGAAGAUUGGUGAAGGCUGGGAUCAUAGCCAUCAGUCCAAGGAGCAGCUGGAAGCCUUGCAGGCGACGAAACAGGAAGCAGCGUCCAGGCGGCAAAGGGCGAUGUCAUACGCAUUCUCUCGUCAGUGGAGGAACAGGCCCAGGAACCCUUCUGCUUCUGGACGAGGAGCCACCACGCCUAUGCAUGAUCCAACGUUCAUGGACCCCGGCUGCCCCAACUGGGGGUGGAGCAUCGCGGAGCGGUCGAUGGCGGCGGCGAGACCCUGGGAGAACCAGAGCGCGCCGCAGGGCAAGGACCGCGCUCCGGCGAAGAGCGCCGCUGGUGUCCGGACCGCCAAGCCGAGGGUGUCCAUCUCGAUCCAGAUCCCACCACCCACCACGCCGCCAGGCAGCAGGUCCGCCCGGCCGCCGCCCGGAUGGCCCUCGCCGUCGACCCCGACGCGGCCGCGCUCGCCGUCGGUGCUGGGCCGGGCCCCGAGCCCGCGGGGGAGCGCGCUCCACAGGUCGACGAGCGGGCUCUCCGAGCGGCCGCGGAGCAGCCAGGAGCACCUGGGCAGCGGGAGCAGCAGCCCGAUCCAAGGCGGGAAGGAGCAGCAGCAGGGCCCGCUGUCGCUGCGGCGGACGACGAGCUUGCGGUCGGGGGAGCUGCCGAGGCUGAGCCUGGGAGCGAGACCGGACGUCGACACGAGCGAGGCGGGCGGCGCGCCGGUGACGCCCAGCUACAUGCAGCCGACCAAGUCGGUGCGGGCCAAGGCCGGGGGGGGCGCGAGCCCCGCGGCGGGCGACAGGGCGGCCGAGUUCCCGCCUGAGAAGGCGCCUCCGGUGUCCUCGCCGUCGGUGAAGAAGCGCCUGCCGAUGGAAUUCGCGAAGAAAGCGAGCGUGCCGCCGGCGUCGCCGAGAAAGCUUAAGGCGGCGGAGAGGGCGAAGCGGCCCUCGCAGCCUCCCAGUCCCAGGUUGUAGGUAGGUGGCCGACGGACGCAUAUCCAGAGUCUGGUAUUUGCCCGUUCGAGUGAAUUUUAACUUUUUUUUUUGCCUGAUUUCGAAUUGUAGUUUUUGGGUGUCCAUCCUUUUUUAGUAAAUAUCACAAAAUUCUUGAUUUCCGA